AUGACCGAGGCGGAUGUAGUGAUCAUAGCCGUAAAGCCAGUCAAGCGGGCAGAGCUUUUCGGGGCGCCAGGCGCGAGGGAAGCUCUAGUACGCGGCAAGCUCGUCAUCAGCAUCAUGGCCGGGGUCUCGCUCAAGGAUAUGAGCCGUCUGCUCCUCGGGCCCAACCCCAGCGCAGCAGACAGCGCGUCUCUGCAGAUUGUGCGAGCAAUGCCUAACAUGGCCGCCAAAAUUGGACGAUCUGUCACGCUGUACACGGCAAACAUGGAGACCUUGACCCCGAACAAAUUGGAGCUUACGUCUUGGAUAUUCAACCAGGUGGGGACCGCACAGAUCAGCCCUGAAAGCACAUUUGACGUCUCAGCCGUGCUUGUCGGAUGUGCUGGCUCUCUGUUGCUGCUGGCCAUUGACGGGUUGUUGGAUGCUGCUGUCGCCGAGGGCGUCAAGCGAUCGGAGGCGCAGAAAAUUGUGGUCGACAGCGCUAUUGGAAUGAUAUCACUUACCACUGCGGGCUCCCAUCCAAGUGUACUGCGGGAAGAGAUUGCUUCCCCUGGUGGUUGCUCCACCAGGGCAUUGCUAGAGCUGGAGAGGCUGGGGGCGAGGUCGGCGUUUACGACUGCGAUCCUAGCAGCAGCAGAGCGCUCCAAAGCCAUCUCUGAAUCGAGGUAG